AUGUCAAAUAUCAUCGCCUCCGAUGGAUGGAAUGAUUGGAAUGAUCCUUCAAGAGAUCAGUAUGUCUCUCCUGCACUGCUAGUGUUUUCUGGAAUCAAUUCAGAAUGCACGCUAAGUUCGAUGAUUUCCAUUGCCAGGAGUGUGUUUUAUGGAGAGUACAAGUGUACAGGCGAUGGCGCACACCUGGCGGCGGGCAGAGUGCCGUACGCUCUUGAGCUCAGCGACCUGCAAGCAUUGGCUUACUUGAACACAUCUUUUAUUGACGGUGACCUAUGGCUGAAACCAUACUACGACUCACUAAUAUCUGCAUGA